AUGGCCAACAACCUCCUCGACCCAAAGGCGCUGCAGGACCCGCGCCAACGAUCGCUGAGCGACGCCAACACCAUCGCUUCCGCCGGGCCAUCCUUCCUCACCACCAGCGGCACGACCGCCGCCUCGAGCUUCAUCGAGGCCGAUUCGCCCAAGGACAAUGACCUCAAAUCCGACCUCAUGUCCGCCCUGACGCCGGACCCGGGCACCGAGGCCGACUUCCAGGUCGCCAACAACCCCUUCGACUACAGCCCCGGCCAGCUCAACAAGCUCUUCAACCCAAAGUCGCUCGACGCCUACCGCGCCCUCGGCGGGCUCGAGGGCAUCGCGCGCGGCCUGCACACCGAUGUCACCACGGGCCUCAGCGUCGACGAGGUCGAGGCCCACGCCGCGGGCGGUCACCACCACCACCACCUCCACCACUCCUCCGGCGGGCCGGCGACGCCCGGCGCCGAGCGCGCCCGCGUCUACGGCCGGAACCAGCUGCCGCCCAAGAAGCCCAAGUCCAUCUGGCGGCUGGCCUGGAUCACCUUCCAGGAGGCCGUGCUGCUGCUGCUGACGGUCGCCGGGACCAUCUCGCUGGCGCUGGGCCUCUACGAGACCUUUGGCGUCGCGCACGCGCCCGGGGACCCGACGCCCGUCGACUGGGUCGAGGGCGUGGCCAUCCUGGCCGCCGUGCUGAUCGUCGUCGUCGUCGCCUCGCACAACGACUGGCAGAAGGAGAAGGCGUUUGUGCGGCUCAACACCAAGAAGGACGACAGGGAGGUUAAGGUCCUGCGGUCGGGCAGGUCCAUGAUGAUCAACGUCGCCGACGUGCUGGUCGGCGACGUCUUGUACCUCGAGCCCGGCGACCUGGUGCCCGUGGACGGCAUCUUUAUCGAUGGUCACGGCGUCAAGUGCGACGAGUCGUCUGCGACGGGCGAGUCGGACGCUCUGAGGAAGACUGCUGGCGCCAAGGUCUUUGAGCCGGAGCACAAGGAUGGCAAGGAGAUGGACCCGUUUAUCAUCUCAGGCGCGAGGGUUAUCGAGGGCAUGGGCACGUUCCUCUGCACGUCGGUGGGCGUGCACAGCAGCUUCGGCCGUAUCAUGAUGUCCGUUCGCACCGACAUCGAGUCGACGCCCCUGCAGAAGAAGCUGGAGGGUCUGGCCAUCGCUAUUGCGAAGCUCGGCGGCGGUGCUUCGGUGCUCAUGUUCUUCAUCCUGCUCUUUCGCUUCUGCGCCAACCUUCCCAACGACCACCGGCUGCCCGAGGAGAAGGCGUCCACUUUCGUCGAUCUCCUGGUCGUGGCCAUCGCCAUCAUCGCCGUUGCCGUGCCCGAAGGCCUGCCACUCGCCGUCACGCUCGCGCUCGCUUUCGCCACGACGCGUCUUCUCAAGGAGAACAACCUUGUACGAGUGCUGAGGGCGUGUGAGACGAUGGGUAAUGCUACUAGCAUCUGCUCAGAUAAGACCGGAACUUUGACAACGAAUAAAAUGACGGUCGUCGCCGGCCUCUUUGGCAUCUCGGAAUUCGCAUCCGACGUCACGUCAUGGGCCUCCACUCUGUGCCAGGACGUCAAGCAGCUCAUCCUCCAGUCCGUCGCCAUCAACUCGACCGCUUUCCAAGGCCAGCAGGACGGUGUCGAGACCUUCAUCGGCUCCAAGACCGAGACGGCGCUGCUCGAGCUCGCCCGGGACCAUCUCGGCCUGCAGUCUCUCGCCGAAGCCCGAUCCAACGAGCAAAUGGUCCACAUCAUCCCUUUCGACUCGAGCAGGAAGUACAUGGCCGCCGUCAUCAGGAUACCUACCGGCUACAGGCUCCUCAUCAAGGGCGCCUCCGAGAUCGUCCUCGGCUUCUGCUCCACCCAGAUCAACGUCGCCACCGGUGCCGCCGAGCCCCUGAACCGCGAGUCCGUGGAGGAGACCAUCGCCUCGUAUGCCCGCAAGUCUCUGCGCACCAUCGGCCUCGUGUACAAGGACUUUGAGCAGGAUCCCGACCUGGAGAACCUGAGCGACCUGACCCUGCUCGGCGUCGUCGGCAUCCAAGACCCUGUCCGCCCCGGCGUUCCCGAGGCGGUGCAGAAUGCCGUGCGCGCUGGUGUCACGACGCGCAUGGUCACUGGCGACAACAUCUACACCGCCCGGGCUAUCGCUACCGAGUGUGGUAUCUACACCGAGGGCGGCAUCGUCAUGGAAGGCCCCGAGUUCCGCCGUCUCUCCGAGGAGCAGCUCGACGAGGUCAUCCCGCGCCUGCAGGUCCUUGCCCGUUCGUCACCCGAAGACAAGCGCAUCCUGGUCACUCGUCUCAAGGCCCUGGGUGAGACCGUCGCUGUCACCGGCGAUGGCACGAACGAUGCUCCCGCUCUCAAGGCUGCCGAUGUCGGCUUCUCCAUGGGCAUCUCCGGUACCGAGGUGGCCAAGGAGGCGUCGGAGAUUAUCCUAAUGGACGACAACUUCACCUCGAUCGUCACUGCGCUCAAGUGGGGACGCGCUGUCAACGACGCCGUGCAGAAGUUCCUCCAGUUUCAGAUCACCGUCAACAUCACUGCUGUUCUUCUGUCGUUUGUCACGUCCAUGUACGACCCCAAGAUGGAGCCUGUGCUCAAGGCUGUUCAGUUGCUAUGGAUCAACCUGAUCAUGGACACUAUGGCCGCCUUGGCUCUGGCUACUGAUCCCCCAACCGACGCUAUCCUCGACAGACCACCUCAGCCCAAGUCUGCGCCGCUGAUCACCAUGAACAUGUGGAAGAUGAUCACGGGCCAGUCCAUCUUCCAGCUCGUCGUCAUCCUCGUCCUCUACUUCGCCGGCGGGUCCAUCCUGCGCUACGACCUCUCGGACCCGGACCAGAAGCUGCAGCUCGACACCGUCAUCUUCAACGCCUUCGUCUGGAUGCAGAUCUUCAACGAGCUCAACUGCCGCCGCCUCGACAACAAGUUCAACGUCUUCGCCGGCGUCCACCGCAACUGGUUCUUCCUCGCCAUCAACGCCAUCAUGAUCGGCCUGCAGAUCGCCAUCGUCUUCGUCGGCAACCGCGUCUUCGACAUCCACCCGAACGGCCUCAACGGCGCCCAGUGGGCCAUCUCCAUCCUCAUCGCGGCCAUGAGCCUGCCCUGGGGCAUCGUCGUGCGCAUCUUCCCCGACGCGUGGUUCGUUGCUGCGGUGCACUUUGUCGCGCCGCCUUUCGUCAUCUCGUAUCGGUGGAUGGCCAGGGGCUUCAGCAAGUUUGGUGCCCUGUUCAGGAGGAACAAGAAGGUGGGUGUGGAUGUAGAAGAGCACGUCAUUGAGCCGAAGAGGGGCUGA